AUGCCAAACAUCACAAUAACUAACGUACAUUGUUCAUUUUACGUUCGAUUAAGAACUCCUAGAGGAGUAUCAACAUUAGAGUUUGAUCCUGAAUCAACAACGAUAGAUGAUUUGAAGAUAUUGAUUUUCUCUUCUACUGAAAUACCUCCAAGUGAACAAGAAUUGAAAUAUAGUUAUCCACCUAAAUCAUUACCUGAAUCAAAAAAUCCAUUAUCUUCUAUACCUAUAACGAGAGGUGAACAAAUCAUCGUUACUUCCAACCCAUCACUAUCACUAUCAUCAACUACGUCUACAUCUACACCGACUUCUAACACACAAGAGAGAACGACAACUUCAAGGAUAGACGCUACAAGAACACCUACACCUGCACCGUCGAUAAAAGCUAUAAACGAAUCGAUAUCUGCUCCUUCACCAAUAACAUCCACAACUCCUAGAAGACCUGAAAGUCCUCUAGGCUCGAAUGAUAUACCACUCGAAACCAGUGACAGUGUAGCUUUACCUGGGAGAGAUGCUGGAUUUCUUCAGUUGAGAGUCGUCCCAGAUGACAAUUCUUGCUUGUUCAGUGCUAUCGGCGUGGUGUUUGAAGGCGGUAUAGAUGCGGCUCAAAAGUUGAGAAAGGUUGUUGCUGAUGUGAUAAAGAAUGACCCUUUCACUUAUUCCGAUGUGAUGCUAGGUCAAUCAGCCGAUUCAUACAUAGAUAAGAUCUCUAGACCGGAAACAUGGGGUGGUGCAAUCGAACUCUCGAUCUUUUCGAAGCACUAUAAAACGGAGAUAUCAUCGUUUGACGUAGCUACUGGUAGAUGUGAUCGUUUCGGGCAGGACGAGUAUGACUCAAGAUGUCUUCUCGUCUACUCUGGGAUUCAUUACGAUGCACUCACCUUAUCUCCAUUACCUUCCUCACCACCUUCUUUCCACACUACCAUAUUCCCAAUAACAGAUUCAUCGAUUCUACCAACAGCUGAAAAGUUAAUAAGUCAACUGAAAGCAAGACAUUAUUAUACCGAUACAUCAAAUUUCGAUUUACGUUGUCAGAUUUGUAAACUAGGUUUAAUAGGUGAAAAAGGUGCAAGAGAACAUGCUACCAAAACUGGACACGUUCAAUUUGGAGAAUACUGA